GGCCUCACGCCAGUUGUGAAAGAACGUCUGUGAUUGGUGGAGCGCCGGGCGGGGCGGUGCCGUAUCGGGUUGAUAAGGGCGGCGGGCCGCCCGGCUCUCGCUCAUUUCGCCAUGGAGCUCGGGGCGCGGUUCCGGACAUACAAGGAGUUCAUGGAGUCGCUGUGCGCCUACCAGCAGGCCUACGGCUCGCACUACAGCCUGCGCAGCUGCACCUCGGUGCGCUUCCACAACCGGGAGUACGGCACGGCCGUUCGCGAGGAUGUGAUGUUCAUGCAGGUGAAGUUUGGUUGUACCCGGACCCAAAAGUACAGUAAGAAAAGGAAGAAGCAUCCCAACCUGUGUCCAGCUUACUUUGUUUUGCAAUAUAACGAGGAAAUAGAUCAACUCGUGAUCAGUGAGUUAUGUGGUGACCAUGUACAUGUGGACACAGAAAUUUUCCUGACCGGAGGCAUAACCAGAGGAGCCAGCACUACAGCGGAUGGCAGCCCUGCAGUCAAACAGCGUAGGCAGCAGCAGCCAGAUGGGACCAAAAGCUCCAAUGAGGUGGAUGAGAACUCACCCGAGACUGAGCAACUUGUGGAUGGAGCAUCUGCACAGUGCAGGAUUCCUGCGCUCUCAGCAUCAGGAGAGGAAAACAACUCUGCCUCAGCAGCAGCCAGAGUCACUGAAGUAGUGAAAAACUGCCUGAAUGCAGACAGCGGGGCACUGGCUUCAGUUGAUGUAGGCAGUGACCAGGGGCUAGAGAGACUCAACUUCCAGACCAGCAAGAUGAAGAGCUUAUUCAUGAAGUUCCCUGCCAGCCUUCUGUUGCACAGGGUGCAGAAUAAGGGCGGACACGUUCUCUAUGUGCUCUUAGUAGAGAGUAAAGAGCGAGUGGGGAAGAUCGUGCACUGGUCAGUCCUGAAAGCUGACACGGGUCAGAGCAUCAGCAAAAUGCUGACUGUUUUCAAGGAGUUCAAUCCUGAGUGGCAAAAGGUGAAGGUUGUUUUUGUGGACGCGUCCUUCCCUCACAGAUCUGUCCUUCAGGAGCUCUUUCCUUCGGCUCAGGUGCUGCUUUCUGUCUACCACACUGUCCGACUGCUUGAGGAAAAGGUGAAUGAGGCAGAAAUGCCACAUAGUGCCAAGCAAGAACUGAAGCUGGCCUUGAAGAAGGCAGUGUUUUCCACUUCGGCUGACAGUCUGGACGCCCUGUCUCACAUGAUGAAGAGCGUGGUUAACGCGGAGCUGUACGAACACCUCCAGGCCAACUGGUUCUCCUGUGAGCUGCUGUGGUACAUGCACACCAAGAAGGGUCUUCAUUCCUGCAGCGCUCACAUUGACAGUCUGGAUCUCAUCACACACCGCCUGUCUGCUCUCUUUGGUCAGUACUCCUCCUUGGAGGCCGGUGUUCUCCAUUUACUGCAGUGUGCCGAGUGUCUCGAUUCCAAACCUCUAGAAAGCUCCAGCUGGACUCCCUCGUGCACCAAGGACUGUCAGAGGGGCUCCCAAGAGAAACCCGAUGCUCAGCUGUGUGCUGCCACCAAAGCAGCCCUUCCUUUGGACUCCCAGGAUCAACAUGAGCCUCUUAAGGACAUAGUGCCCAGCGUGGUGCUGGAGAGGAAGGGCUGCGUGCUGGAGGCGCUGCAGGGCUGCAGGGCGCUGGACUCCCAGCUGUGUGCGGCCGAGUGGGAGGUGGUGCAGGUGUCCACGCAGCUGAUGAGCGCGGUGCGGGGCGGGGUGGAGGUUCGGCUGCUGGAGGACGCGCACCGGGUGAGCAAGGAUUGCUGCGGCUGCAGCUGCUACUUCCAGCAGCGCUACCGCCUGCCCUGCAGACACGUGCUGGCCGUGCUGCACGCCGAGCGCAGGAGCGUGGAGAGCGGCAUGGUGGGACACCGCUGGCAGAGGAAGUACCGGCAGCGCACGGAGAUACCGGACAGCGAGGGGACGGAGCGGGAGGAGGAGCGGGAGGAGCGGCGGGACCGGAUCCAGGCGCUCAGCAAGGAGCUGGCCAACCUGCUGCUGCAGAGCGACGGGCCGCAGCUGGACGAGCGCAGCUCCGCUCUCAGGGCCAUCGUGGACGCCUGGGCCGAGGCAGGUGGGGACAAGGAGCCGGGGGCGGUGAAGGAGGAGCCGGGGGCGGUGGAGGAGGAGGAGGCGGUGGUAAAGGAGGAGGCGGCGGUGCCGGACUCUCCGUGACGGACUCGCCGUGACUC